GAGGCAGAGAGAGAGGCAGAGAGAGAGAGAAGUAUAAAGGUAUUAUUCAGAGUGUGUGUGUGCGUGUGUGUGUGUGUGUGUGUGUGUGUAGGAGCAGCCAGUAAUUACCUUCCAGCGUCUGAACCAAUCAAGAGGCAGAGAGAGGGAGGAAGAACAUUCUCAGUCUCUUCUCCGUAAAGAGGGAGACAGAGUGCGGGGAGAAGGAACGGAAAGUGUCUCUUUUCUUUGGGGCUCAUCCUUUGCCCAAACACCACCACCACCACCAACAACAACAACAACAACAACAACAACAACAGAUGGACAAGAUGAUGAACCACAGCUCGGCGGAGGCAGAGGCUGAGACCAUCGAACCACUGCGUUACCUCAGCAAAGGGGAGGCAGCGGCCAUCGAGACGGAGCUGCUGAGGGACUACAGGUUCGGACAACAGCAGCUGAUUGAGAUUUGGGGUCAAGCGUGCGCCAUCGCCAUCACGAAGGCGUUCCCCCUCAGCUCUCUAGCAAAGAAGCAGCCCACAGUGCUGGUGAUCUGUGGCCCGGACCAAAACGGCUCCAUUGGCCUGGUGUGUGCCCGACACCUGCGCAUGUAUGAAUAUGAGCCCACCAUCUACCACCCUCAACGCUCCUCUCAAAGUCUCCACCAGGACUUCACAGUUCAGUGUGAGAAGAUGGACAUCCCUUCUCUCUCCUAUCUCCCCACAGAGGUGCAGCUCAUAAACGACGCCUACAACCUAGUGAUUGAUGCCAUGAUGGGUCCGGACGCAGACUGCGCCAACAUUAAAGAGCCCUACCCUGGUAUCCUGGUCACCCUGAAGCAAGUCAAGAUCCCCAUCGCCAGUGUGGACGUGCCCUCAGGUUGGGACGUAGAAGAAGCGAGUGAGGAUGGCAUCGCCCCAGAGGUUCUCAUCUCACUCACAGCACCAAAGAAGUGCGCCAGAGGUUUCUCGGGGAAGCAUUUCUUGGCCGGACGCUUCCUGCCCUACGACAUCCAGAAAAAAUACGAGCUCAACCUCCCGGACUACCCCGGCACAGACUGUCUGCUAGAAUUGUAACACAUGGGAAAGCCAGAGUGACCACUCCUCAUUUAAAAUAAAAAAAAUAAUUAAAAUAAAAAGCGUACGGUUGAUCCCUUCUCUUGUUUUGUACUUUAUAGAUCGUUAAUGUGAUUUAAUGUGCAACAGCGCAGUUGUGUAGAUCAGGCUACACUUUAGCCGAAUGUGUCGUUGAGCUACAGUAGAAGGGUGAUAUUUAGAAGCUGUGGUUUGAGUCUUUUUAGGCAAUGGCAUGAGUUUUUUUUUUGUAAAAGCUGCAUGUAGCAUUACACUGUUUACUGAUUACUUUGCAAAAGACGGAAAAGGUUCUUCGGAGAGAUGAAUUUUUUUUCCACGACGCCAACAACCGGAUCGUUUUGUUUGUUUCUUUUUUUUUUUUCUCCCUUCAAAAACUUUUUGUAAUGUUUUACGUUCGGAUGCUUUUUACGUUUGAAACUUUCUACUGACAUGUGCUGCUGAGAUGAGGUGCUGUGCAGGUCGGCCACUUAGAACUUUCUGUUUUGACUGUUUUUUCCGUUUGGUUUUGGG